GGCAUGCUAGUGCAAACCUUGCGAGUCAAAUGCCACUGCCUCGUCUUGGCCUGGCUGAACGACAACAACACGAUAUACGAAUCAUCUCUUAUUUGGGGCGCUCAGAGUACCUGCCGGACAUGCUGGCGAUAGUUCAGUAUGCCGGAUGUACCAGUACGAAGAAUUUGUACCAAGCGAUAACAACCACUGCGCACGACCGCUAACUGCAUACAUAUUGUACUUGAACCAUGUUUGUGCGCGGGGCUAACCCCGUGGAAAAGUCGCUACUUCUGGAGGAACCAGGGUUAAGUAGUUAGUAGCAUAUAUGAUGUCGCCCAGCAGGGCGGCUGAUGAUGGCCCAGCUAGUAUUAGCCACAAUCAAUACAUGCGGCACAGAGCUUAUUUGGCUAAGCGGUUGCGGAUAUUGCUUCUACAACCAUACGUGGAACUUAGCCAGCAUAGAGAACAGGGUGCAGAUAAACCAGUAGGUACAGUAGUGGCAGAUAACGCUGCAGUAGUGGAUGCAGCUGAGGCAUGUCCGUACGGCAUCCGGGCCACUUACGAGACUUAUUACAUUGUGCUUUACUGACAGAAGAGCCGCUGCAACG